AUGUUCAUACUUGACGAUUAUUGGAAAAAGAAAUGUUUUAUGGAAAUAAUUAGUGGGAUACCGAUAUCUCAAAAUGAGAGUAUACCAGUGUGGCUUUGUUGGGAAUGCCAAGCAGUCAUAGCUCGAUUUAUCAAGUUCAAGCAUCAAGUCAUUCAGUCAUUUAAAAUUUUUCAAAACUACUUAAAAGAGAAUUUAGACCUGACACAGAUUAAGCAUAUGUCAAAAUUAUGUACAGAGGAAAUAAUAAACAUGACAAUUCAGCCUGAAAUUGUGGAGUUUCAAGAUUUAUCCGAAAAAGUCAUCAAAACAGAAGAGUGGGAAUUUAUUCCUAAAACAGCAGGAGUUGAAGUAAAAGAAGAAGAUAAUGCAUCUAUCUUUUCUAAUAUAGAUGAGGAUGAUAAAGCUUUAAUAGAAGUUGUAAAAAGAAGAAAGAAAAAAUCGCAUAAGGUUGUAAAUGGCAAUACAAAAAAAAGAAAAGAGAAUACAGAGCCAGAAGUAUUUGAAUUGUUUAAAGAGAUAGAGUUAAGCAAAGAAGAAUUGGAAGAAGAAAGAAAGAUAUUGGCUGGCAAAGAAGAUUUUGUAAAUGCUAUGUUUAGAUGUGAGAAAUGUAUAGUUUCUUUUCCGAAUGCAGAUGAUUUAAAGGACCAUAUUAAUUUGAAACAUGAAUUGAAUGCCACGAAUUACAAAUGUGAGACCUGCGAGUGCUCAUUCUCUAAUGAGGUGUCAUACAAUUACCAUGUAAACAGACAUACAAAAAGAUUUCAAUGUGUUAUAUGUGAAGAGAGAUUCGGUAGUAAAAGGUCGGCUAGCAAACACUAUGGCUUGGUCCACUGUCACAGUGUACAUUAUGAAUAUGUACUGAACAAAACAUUUAAUGGUAAGUCAAAGAAGCCAGAGGAAGACACAGAACACAACAGUAACGAAGAAGCGCCAUCAUUUCCCUGCGAAGUGUGCGCCAAAACCUUCAGGUGGAAGACGUCAUUGAGGAAACAUCUAGAAAAGCACCGGAUAGAGACUGGACAGAAACGGAAGCCAUAUUGUGAACCAUGCAGAUUGUCCUUCACAACGACAUCCAACUUGCAGAAACAUGUCAAGACAAGUUCUAAGCACCAAAUACAAUUGAAACUUAGAAAGUUGAAGGAAUCCCUUCCAGAAGACAACGCUAGCCCAGAGAAACAACAGGCCCGUAUCGAACAGAUAAAGUGUCUGGUGAAUAGCGAGCGACAACAGUUCCCCUGUCCGCAGUGCGGCAAGCGCUUCCAAUGGCGCGGCAACCUGUUGCGACAUCUGCACAGCCACGCUGCAAGGGCAAAAGGCGAGUUAGUAUGUGAACCCUGCAACCGGACAUUCUCAUCGAUAGCGACAUACCAACAGCACAUGAAGAUCAGCAAGAAACAUGUCUCUGAGAACGAUUUCAAGUACAUGUGCAGUGACUGUGGGAAACGGUUCGCGAACAAGACUCGGCUGAAAGACCACGUGGAUUGGGAGCACUUGAAGAACUACGUUCAUAAAUGUGGCGUCUGUCAAAAGUACACGACUGACUUAUAA